AUGGGCGUUGAUAGUCAAACCAAAGUCGGCUCUUUUGACGAGAUCUCGCACGAGGCACCAGCCAAUGGAUCGCAAGGCUGGAAACGUCACUUCAGUAAAGCUGCUUGGGUCGGCGACUAUGACUAUGGCUUCAUGUUCCGUCCGAAUCUGCCAUUCAUCAAGAACCCGUACGACAAUAUCGCUCAGCCCUUCUUUGGCGUAGAUGCCAAACUCCCCUGGCUACUCGCUGCUCUUCUUGGUUUUCAGCAUGCAUUGGCUAUGCUUGCAGGUGUUGUGACGCCUCCUACCAUCAUUGGUGGCGCUGCAAACUUGGACACAGCUACGCAGCAGUAUCUGGUUUCGGCCUCUCUCAUUGUCUGCGGUAUUGCGACUACCAUUCAAAUUACACGCUUGCACAUUUACAAAACGCCAUACUACAUUGGCACUGGGCUGAUCUCAGUUGCUGGCACUUCAUUUGCUGUUGUGCCCAUUGCCCAAAAGUACUUUGCACUGCAGUAUGCUCGUGGGGUUUGUGCGACUAUCGAUGGAAUCAAGCAGCCUUGUCCAGAUGCAUACGGCAAGUUGAUUGGCACCUGUGCCAUUGCUGCACUUUUCCACAUUGUCCUGGCAUUUGUGCCACCAAAGACCUUGAGUCGGCUGUUUCCGCCACUCAUCACUGGCCAGGUCUUGCUCUUUAUCGGUGCUAGUCUAGUCAGCUCGGGAAUCAAAGACUGGGCUGGUUCUUCCGGUCCUUGCUCGAGCAGACCCACCACUGGCAUCUUCACGAUGUGUCCGACGAUCUACGCUCCCAAGCCGUACGCUUGGGGCGAUGCGCACUUUCUCGGGUUGGGCCUCUCGGUUAUUGUCUCCAUCGUUCUGAUUGAGCGAUUCGGCUCGCCCAUCAUGAAGACGUCUGGAGUCAUUCUUGGCUUGCUUGUGGGCUGCAUUAUCUCCGGUGCCACGGGCUAUUGGGAUACUUCUUCCAUCACCAAGGCUCCAGCCAUUACCUUUGUUUGGGUGAAAACCUUCAAACUAGGCGUCGAUGGUACACUCAUUCUGCCCCUGCUUGCGGUCGUGCUUGUCCUCGUCUUAGAGAAUAUUGGCGAUGUGACUGCCACUUGCGAUGUUUCCAAAGUGGAGGUGGAGGGACCUAUUUUCAACACACGCAUACAAGGUGGCAUUCUAGCUGAUGCCCUCAACUCGUUGCUUUCGGCCCUCAUGACCAAUACCUCCCUCUCGACCUUUGCACAGAAUAAUGGAGUCAUGGCCUGCACCGGUGUGGCUUCUCGCCGCGCCGGCUAUUUCGGCGCUGGCUUCCUGCUGCUUGCUGGUGUCUUGAACAAGGUUGGAGCUACCUUUGUGGCAAUUCCUUCACCAGUCAUUGGCGCAAUGAAGACAUUCUUAUUUGCUUCCGUGGCUGUGUCUGGUAUCAGACUACUUGCUCUGAAUGAGUGGACACGCAGAACGAGAUUCAUCUUGACGUGCUCCAUGUCUAUUGGUCUCGCUGCGCUUCUUGUGCCAACGUACGCGAGCUACAUGUUCACCUAUUCUGGACCCAACAAGUCUCUCAGGGCGUUCUACGAUGCGAUUGUCAUUGUCAUUGAAUCGCCAUAUUGCGUCUCGGCUCUAAUCUCCUCGUUCUUGCAUUUGGUCAUGCCAGACUUGAAGGAGGCUGAGAUGAGCUCGGGUGCGCAUGCUUUGCCUGUACACAAUGGCGAGAUUGGUGCCAUCAAUGGUACAGCAGUCAGAGAUGACACGGUUGAAGUGCUCCCUUCGAAACACUAG